AUGAGGUUGUUCAAUGGUAAACAACAUGCUAUGGAUUCUAUUUAUGGUAACUCGCAGGAAAGUUUUCAAUUGUUGUAUUCAUUCAAAGGUGAAGUGGAGAGGACCAGCCCAGGUAGUAUUGUAGAUAUUGACCACCACACCGUGGAGUAUACAUUCAGGGGAGUGACAAAGACCAAGGAAUGCUUUAGGAGGGGUUUUGUCUGCUUUGAGGCUUGUCGCCGGGGUUUUUUGGCAGGCUGCAGGCCUUAUUUGGCUAUUGAUGCCACUUUUCUCACAGGGAGGUUUAAAGGACAGUUAGUAGCAGCUUGUGCAGUUGAUGCACACAGUUUUGUAUUUCCAGUUGCGUACGGUGUGCUGGAGACAGAGUCUGAGGAGAGCUGGACUUGGUUUUUGCAUAAUCUGCGCCGGGCUAUUGCACAUCCCAAUGGGUUGGUCAUUCAUAUAGAUGCCUGCAAAGGUUUAGAAGUGGUCGUGGACAAUGUGUUCCCUGGAGUAGAGCAUAGGGAAUGCAUGCGUCACCUUGCUGCAAAUUUCAUGAAGAAAUUCAAAGGAAAGGUGUAUACUGACAAUUUAUGGCCAGCAUCUUUGACUUGCAGUGUGAAGAAGCACAACUACCACUUGACGCAGUUAUACAUGAAUCCCAAAGUGAAAGAAUACUUGGAAACACACCACUCCAAGUUAUGGGCUAGAAGCCAAUUCAGUGAACUGAGCAAAGUUAACUACGUGCACAAUAAUCUAGCAGAGUCUUUCAACUCAAUGAUCCGGAAACUAAAGGGUCAUUAUGUGGUGGAUUUGCUUGACAGGAUAAGGAUAGAAUACAUGCAGAAAUUUCAUUAUCGUGCAGGAAUAGCCGAGGCAAAAUACAUGGGCCACAUUAUCAUCCCUGCCGUGAUGAAUGAACUGAAGCAGAAAACAACAGGCUUGGAAAUGAACAUGACUCUUUGUUCGGGUACCACAGCAGAGAUAUCAUAUUUGGAUAAAGAGAAGAGGGAAUGGAGAUAUCCAAUGGAUUUAGAAGCUAAAACUUGCAGUUGUAGGCAAUGGCAGAUAACUGGGUUGCCAUGCAUUCAUGCCUUGUUUUUCAUCACUUCUCUCCCAGGUCCAGCAGGGAACAUACAGCAGUAUGUGCAUGAUUACUACUCUAUUCCAAGGUUCAAAGACACAUAUGCGUAUGCCUUGCCUGCUAUGGAGGGAAAACAACAAUGGGACAUGGUGGACCCUGGAUUCAAGCUUUGCGCUCCAGUUCUGAAGAGAGCAGCAGGUAGACCAAGGAAGAGUCGAAUCAGACCUCGCAGCGAAGGAGCUGGACUUGGAGCGAGGAAGCGUAAGUGCACAAGGUGUGGUGGGUCUGGUCAUUUCGGUAAGUAUUGUGAUAACACAGUAGAUCCAGCGUUCUCAUAG